GCCUUUGAGUACACCAUAAACAAACAUGGCGUCGUGUGGAGCAUCAGCGACGGGUCCUCUCGUCCUAAGAGUAAUUUCCAACACUGUUAAAAUAGUUAACAGCGCCGGAAAGAUAAUCAAGGACAUCAUGAACAGUGGAAACCUCGGAAUCGUCGAAAAGGAAGGCAUCAAUGACCUGCAAACGGAGGCAGACAGAUCUGUUCAGCGCUGCAUUGUGACUUCGCUCUCGAGACAGUUCCCAAAACUGACAAUAAUUGGUGAAGAGACUCUGGAGGAGAAAAAGAUCAGCGACGACUGGAUCAUCACCGAGCAUGACAAGGAUGUCCUGGCCACCUCUCUGCCGGACAACCUGAAGAACAUCAAAGAGGAAGAUUUGGUAGUCUGGGUUGAUCCUCUGGAUGGAACCAAGGAGUACACACAGGGUUUCCUGGACCACGUGACGAUCCUGGUGGGGAUUGCGGUUGACGGUAAGGCAGUGGGUGGAGUGAUCCACCAGCCGUACUACAACUACCAGGUGGAGAAGGACGUCUACAAGCAGGGACGUACCAUGUGGGGCAUUGUCGGCGUCGGUGCCUUUGGGAUCUCGCGCAUUGCGCCCCCGGAGAACAAGAGGAUCAUCACUACGACGCGCUCCCACUCCAGCCCCACCAUCAACAGCUGCAUUGAAGCCAUGAAUCCGGAUGAGGUGCUGCGAGUUGGAGGUGCCGGGCACAAGGUGCUGCUGUUGAUUGAGGGCAAGGCUCAUGCUUACGUGUUCCCUAGCAAAGGGUGCAAGAAAUGGGACACUUGUGCUCCCGAAGCGAUUCUUCAUGCCACUGGCGGCCUUCUUACAGAUGUUCACGGGAACAGAUUGGAGUACCACAAGGACGUGGAACACGUCAACGCCGGCGGCGUUCUUGCCACCUGCCUGAAGGAACAACACGAAUGGUUCAAGAACCACAUUCCCGAAGAUGUCCGCAAGACACUUCCUCUAUGAGCAACCUGCCAUUGUCCGUUGCGAUCACACUCAAGUCUCGUUUUUGCUUUAACUUUGUGGUGAUGCGGUUCAAAGUCUUAUACUAUUAGUGUUUUGGUGGUCCAAAUAUUAUUACUAAAAAAACCCGGAGACAUGGGACACAAAAAAAUGGAGGGGCGGGACAAUAAGGUCUCGAACACAGCUCGUACAGAAUUUUUUAAUUAAUGUUGAUUUCAGGUUUAUUUGUGGAAACACUGAAAUUAACCGUUAUGUCAUUAUUUAGGUUGUGCCGUUUGAAAUUUUAUGAAAUACGUAAUAGCUGCACGCAUUUUGCAGGCCACUCAGCUCCUUGAAUGCUCGAUGCUUGAUGCUUCUGCCAACAUUAUUUGUAUCUCAAGUUUUUCUACCACAAGAAACAGUACCCUAACAUUUUGAAAUAGUAUUACUAGCUUGGAUUUUAUCUGGUAUGCAUAUAUAAGAUCUAUGGAUGUUCCUAAGGAGGGCAUGAAUUUGAAACAUACCCUGUCCUUACUAACCUUCAAACAUUUUUUUUUUUGUGCCUGCUUAAAAGCACUUACAUUGCUUGAUCGUUGAAUUAAUUUUUUAGCUAAUGUUGAGGACGCUUAUAAUAAUUAAGGAAAUCAGAUCGCUCUUGAGCUUGUUUGUGCCUCUGUAGUAAUUGAUGCUCUUUCAUACCUAAUGCUUAAUGCAACAAUAAUUAUCAAGCAAUCCUUACUCAGUGUCAGAUAUGCAAGCAGAUGCCAAUGCCUCUGUUCAUUGAGUGGCGAAAGGCAUUGCUCUUUGUCACAUUGCAUGCAUUUAUGACAGCCCACCUUAAUAAACUAUAAUGCAGCUAAUCUUAGAUUAUUUCUUUCUGAACUUACUUUAUCCUAAGUUUAGACAGAAUAUUCAAUUCUUCAUGCAGGUCAGACAGAUAUGUUAUGUCUUUCUUAAGUGGAGCACACAUUAUCUUUUUGUACAUGUUAUAUAUGGUAGUGGUUGGGGUGAAAGAAAAAUAUAUAUGGUGUUAAUAAAAUCUUUUCAAUGCA